AUGCCUCCCGUCGGCUUCCGCAAACGCGAGCAUUCGCCAGCACCAACGCCACCAAGUAAGCGUCAAGCAACAUCAAAGCCUGCUGCGAAACGGGGCAAAGCAACGCUUUUUGAAGCAGCAGAUACACCGCAGAAGCCGGUACGAUCUGUUGAGGAGACGAAACAGCUUUUAGACGAGAACAGCGGCGAUGACGAAUCCAGCCAAGUCGACAGCGAUGAGUUCGAAGAUGUCCCACCCGCCAAGAAGCGCAAGACGUUGCCGACAGCUGAGGAAGAAGAGGGUGGAGAUGAUGCGAGUGAAGAUGAGAUGGACUGGGAGGAUGCCAUUGGUGCUGGGCCAUCGAAUGUAUCAAUGGAGUCGAAGCCCGAGCCAGAGAUUGGUGACAUCUCAGUCUCGAUGAAGGAUGACGGCACCCAUGAGGAUCCUCUGGUUUCGCUCGCUACUGGCAAGAAAGGGCCAUCGAAGCGGGAGAGACAGGUGCGGAUCUUGACACAUAAGCUUCAUGUUCAGUCGCUCAUGUGGCACAACACCGUUCGGAACUCGUGGCUGAACGAUAAGGAGGUGCAGAAGACUUUGGUCGAUAGCCUGACUGAUGGCGUGAAAGGGGAAGUCACGCGUUGGAAAGAGGCGAUGGGUACGCUGAGCACGGAAGAGCUGGAAGCGAAGAAGAGAGAAACGGCUGCGAAGAAUAGGCGGAAAGGUCGGAAAGGCAAGGACACCAGCAAGGCACGGGACUGGGGAUACCAGGCACAGCACUCGGAGCAGGGUGUGCCGAAUCUGAGUGCUGGAGAUCCAUUGCUCAGGUUGCUGAAGGUGUUGACUGCGUACUGGCGCAAGAGGUUCACAGUGACUGCACCGGCAUUUCGAAAGCGAGGGUACAUGCCGCUGAAGCGUCUACGAGAGGAGAUCAAGGCCUGGGAUAAUAAUCGAAAUGAUGCUGACGAUCAUGGCGAACGGAUCGAGAAGCUCGAGGCUUUCCGCAAACUGGCAAAGAGCUGUGAAGGCUCAAGAGAUGUGGGAGGUCAACUGUUCGUAGCGUUGUUGCGAGGACUUGGCUUGGAGACUAGGAUGGUGUCGAAUCUACAGCCAGCAGGUAUUGGUUGGAGCAAGUCAGAGGAAGCCGACCCGAAGAAGACGAAGAAGGAGAAGAAGGCUGAGAAGGAAGCUGCGACGUCAGAAGCUGAUGAGAAGUUGGAGAAGUCCCCGGUUAAGAAGACGAACAAGAAGCCAGCUGGAAAGCCCAGAUCAAGCAUCGGCGAGUCGAAGCCGACGAAGCCUGCUCGGAAGUCUGUACGUGGUAACAAAGGAGAGCCGAUCAGUCUGGACGACUCGGAUAGUCCAUUAUCAGAGCCACCUUCAGGAGCUGAGUCUGUGGUGAUCCUGGAAGACGAUGACAGUGACGACUUAUCAGUCAUCGAUGUGACACCUGCGAGGCCGAAGGCUCCAACACGAAAGUAUGACCGCGAUAUGGCCUUUCCUACAUACUGGACCGAGGUGUGCUCUCCAGCGACUAACAAGUUCAUACCUGUCGACCCGAUCGUGCUUUCAACGAUCGCAUCCAAUGAUGAGCUCCUGCAGACCUUCGAGCCGAGAGGCAAGGGCGCGGAUAAAUCUAAACAGGCUAUGUGCUACACCAUAGCUUUCGCAGCAGACGGAUCAGCCAAGGAUGUGACCGUGCGGUAUCUCAAGAAACAUCAGCUGCCUGGCAAGACCAAAGGAGUGCGCAUGCCAGCCGAGAAGGUGCCAGUAUACAACAAACGGGGCAAAGUCAAGAACUACGAGAACUACGACUGGUUUCAAACUGUCAUGUCCGUCUACGAUCGACCGCAGAAGAAGCGUACUACAGCCGACGAUCUCGAGGAGCAAACAGAUCUCAAGCCAUUCAAGCAAGCCAAAGAAGAGAAGGAGGUCGAGAAGGAGAGUCUGCAGUGGUACAAGCAGUCUGCUGAGUUUGUGCUCGAGCAGCAUCUUCGCCGUGAAGAAGCCAUACUACCAGACGCUGAGCCGGUGAAGACGUUCACGGCCAAAGGCAAAGGUAAAGAGACUACAGAGCAUCCCGUCUUCCGCCGUGAAGAUGUUGUAGUCUGCAAGACUGUGGAGACAUGGCACAAAGAAGGCCGUGCGAUCAACGCAUCCGAGCAGCCCUUGAAGCAUGUGCCAGUCCGUGGUGUCACACUCACCCGCAAGCGGGAGAUGGAAGAGCAUCUUCAAGAGCAUGGAGAGAAGCUACAGCAAGGUCUUUACAGCUGGGACCAAACAGAUUGGAUCAUACCGCCUCCCAUCGAGAACGGGGUUAUCCCGAAGAACGCUUUCGGCAAUAUGGACGUCUACGUCAAGACCAUGGUGCCCGCAGGUGCUGUACACUUGGCGCUGAAAGGCUCGGCAAAGAUCUGCCGGAAGUUGCAGGUGGACUAUGCUGAAGCAUGCACAGGCUUCGAGUUCGGCAAGCAGCGUGCCGUGCCUGUACUGACCGGGGUCGUGGUCGCCAAAGAGAAUGCUGCCAAAGUAAAGGAGGCGUGGCGCGAGAUGAAGGCCGAGCAGCAGCGCAAGGAGGACACGAAACGCACAGCGGCAGCUCUCCAUUGGUGGCGCAAGAUGCUGAUGGGACUGCGUAUCAUUGAUAGGAUGAAGGCGGAGUAUACGAUGGAUGGCGCUGAUCCCGACGCGACGAAUCCAUUCGCCAGGAAGGGGAAGAAGAGCGCAUUCCCUUCGGCGCCGAAGGACCACGACGUUGGUGUGGGUGGAUUCUUUCAGCCUGGACAUGAUGAGGAGGAAGUGCCGCAACAUCGUGCUCAGUAUGAGGGAGGAGGAUUCAUGGUUGAUGAUGAGGAUGAAGAAGAGGACGGUGCCAAUGUUGAUGGUGGCGACGGUGGCUUUUUGGUCGAAGAAGACCCGGAUCAAUCUCGAGGUAUGCAACAAGCCGCCACGGAUCAUACGCCAGUCACCCCUAUGUCUUUGCAAUCUUUGCAUCAGGCUCAAGCACGUUCUGACGAGGAAGUGGAGGACAACGAAGUUGGUGACGAACAAGUGGUAAUGGAUGUUGAUGAUACGGCACCCGCCAAGUCUGCACACACCGCCAAAGCUCCAAAGAAAGCCGCCAGGUCUAGCACCACGAAUCCCAAGCCCACACCACCAGCCAAAGCGCAGCGCAAGCCCAGAGCGCGCAAAGUCGCCCCCACGCCGCCCACCGAAGACGAAGAUGAGGACGAGUCAUCCUUGUCCGAACCUGACCACGCCGAAUCAGAUGGAGACGAAGAAGAUUAUCGACCAGCCUCGCCUCAAGUCAUCGUCACGCCGCAAGCUAAGAAAGCCCAUGCAGCCCGUAGGAGGGGUUCUCGUGCUACGCAGAAGGUCACGCCGGUUAGAAGCCAGUACUUUACUGCAGCAGAGGAUGAGGAUGAUGAUGAUGACGAUGACGAGUCGAGUGAGCAGGAGGUGGUGAAGCCUACGCGAACCACUGCGAGGACUAGGGCGAAGAGGUGA